CUAACUUCGGAAGCUUACACAAACAUACAUUUUUAUAUAGCUACGAAUGUUGCGCACAGUGGUCCGGACUGACAGCUGGAAGAACGCGAAGCAGCAGUGGCAGAACAUGUAAGGGUACCUUGGAUAGCUAGUGAAAUUUGACAAUUAACGAGCAGACGCGCUGCUAACAAUAAAUUAAAAGAGUUGACAGGAUAGGCAGAAGAAGACAGAGCAGUGGGGGAGGGGGUAGGAGAACAAGAGGCGGUAUGACACGACCUCCCAAUAAUGACAACCUUAUGACCUUCAAGUUGGUCGUAGUUGGAGAUGGAGGUGUUGGAAAGAGCGCGCUCACCAUACAGUUCUUUCAAAAAUUAUUUGUUACCGAUUAUGAUCCUACCAUUGAAGACAGUUACAUUCAACAUACAGAGGUAGACAAACAAUGGUGCAUUUUAGAUGUGUUAGAUACAGCUGGCCAAGAAGAAUUCAGUGCCAUGCGUGAACAAUACAUGCGCAAGGGUGAUGGGUUUCUGUUAGUAUACUCUGUGACUGACAAACAGUCUUAUGAGAAUAUCAUGAAUUUUUAUACCCAGAUACUUAGGGUAAAGGACAGAGAUGUAUAUCCUAUGCUACUGGUAGCCAACAAAGUUGAUUUGGUACAUUUGAGAAAAGUUACAGAGGAACAGGGGAGGGAGUUGGCUCACCGGUUGGGUAUACCUUACAUUGAAACUUCUGCCAAAGAUCCUCCAUUAAAUGUAGAUGCAGCAUUCCAUGAGGUUGUUCGUAUUAUCAGAAAUCAACCUCCAGCCGAAUUGGAGAAAAAUCGAAGGAAACGGAGACGUUCAGGGAAAUGUAUUCUUUUAUAAACGUCAGAAAUAUCGAGCAAGUAUUAGGGGGUUGCGCCUAGAUAACGCACUACCUUUUUAAAGGGUCACUUUUCUUUUUUUACAAAAGUGAAAUGCACCUGCCAAAAGAAAAAAAAAAAACAUCCAAAAAGAAAAAAAAAAUCGUGGGUCUUCUGUCCUUCAUCGUAUAUAGGUAUCUAUUAUAACUCGUGAAUGUUUUCUUUCCUUUCGUCGAUUCCGCGUAUGAGUUUCUAGUAUUAAUAAGCGUUGAACGAUUGAUAUCCCACCACUGUAAAAUAAGUGUACAAAAUAGGAACGAUAAGAGAUGCAUCAAUCGAAAGGAAAUGUUAACUAUCUCCUAAAAGUGCAACUAGAUUUUUUAAAAAACGAUCGAUUCAGCAUCAGUUUAAGAUUUAAAGGUUCAAGAACAAAAAACCAAAAAAAAGAUAAAAGACAAAUUUAUCGGAGAUAUUGGGUGUUCAUCUACUCGAUAAUACGAGACCACGUCUCAGUACGCGUGUACACAUCAAUUUUUGUACCAUCGAAAGAAUACACUAUGGAAUUGAGCGUUUUUAUUGCACAAUGCAUUCUAUAGAAAUCUUUUUUACUUCUUCGCGUAAGAUCCUGUCAUGAAAUGACUAUAAUGGUUUUCGUAUAUCGUUUCAGCUUCUUCUUUGAAACAGCUGUUAAACGUUAUAGCUUCAAGCGACUUUCUUUACUUUCAAUUAUAAUAUUAAUCAUCGUUUCUAAGUCUACCAAAUUCAAUCGUUUCUCUCUCUUUUUUUUUUUUAUAUAUAUUUCUUGAUCGAAUUCGUUUCAAGUUUUUAUAACGCGUCUACAAUUUAUCGUAUAAUUUUAUAUUGAAUUUUUAAUCAUCGUCUCUUCGUAGCGAUGUAAACGAUACUCGACUAUUUAGUAAUCUAAAUUAACAACGAGUUUCUCUUUCGUCAGUGGAAACGUGUGUUAGGUGUUCGUAGCCUAAUGAGUAAUUAAUAUUCUGAAUCAGGAAUGAAGCAUUCAAUGUAUAAGGCAACAUUUUGUCUUAUGGCUUUAUUAUUGGCUUUCGUAUACAACAGAGGUCUGAUGUAAAACAUCUAUCGUGUUCGAAUGUUCAAAGAUAAGAAAUAUGAGUUUUAGAUAUACCAAAAGCCGAUGGAUUAGUGCAUUAUUAGAUAAUUUUAUUCAAUCACUGUGCAAUGUUUUAUUUCAUUCUUUUUACGAUUAUUUUAAAUCAUUAUGUAUUUUGCAUUUGAUCGAAUACAAUUGCGCAAACCUUUGAUUAUGUCAGACCUUUUUAACAUAUAUAUAUAUAAUAUAUAUAUAUAUAUAUAUAUAUACAUUAAAGAUAUAAUUGCCAUGGCCUACAUUAGUAUUUAAAUGUGAAAAGAAAAAGAAAAAAAAAUACGUACAUUUAAGGGGUGCUCUAUCGCGAGCGCGGAUGAGUGAAUGAAAUUUAAUGUUAUAUGUGAAUCGACUAUUUUUCGUGCUUGUAAAAGAAUCGAACGUUAUAAACAGUUUGUCGCACAUGAUGUUCGUCUUAUACCCCCUGAGUACUCUGUACGUACGAAAUACGUAAGUUGACAAGAUUAUCAAGCAGAGAACAAUUACAAAGUAAUUCUCAUUCAAUUGUUAUCCAUCGAUGUAAUCACCGUACCGAGUGUUCUAUUCUGUCUUUCCUGUUUUAUGUUCUUCGAACAUACGAUUCGUGAUUCAGAAGGUUUUAGUGUACGCACAAAGUGCUCCUCCUGUUUGUGUAGAAUACCGAACAUACGAAUUCUUUUCCCAGUGUGAAACUGAAUACAUUACGUACGUGUAAGAUGUGCACAAACGUUCCGGCGCCACCGUUUAAUUCUAACAAAAGUGAAACAUAUUUGCCUUGAGAUAAAAAUAAUCUAUUAUAAAACGGUGAAGGUUAACGAAUGGAAUCCAGGUAGUUGCCGUAUCUUAGAAAAUUUGCUUGCGAUAUCGUUUGAUACAGUAAACGGAAGAAAAAGAAACGUUAUCGUAUUUUGUAACCAGUGAAACAUUGAAGAAAUCAGGUUUGAUAGUGGUUUGACAUUUCUUUUAUCUUCCACCGUUUUAGAGUUACAACUUGGCCCAGUUGUAUGGGACACAGCUUGUGGUAAUUUUUCUCCAACCGCAACGAAGUAUUAUAAAAAGAAAUUAUGGAGACUUGUAAAAAAUGAUAUAUCUUACACCUUUCAUUUGCCAAAUGAGAAAGCGUUGUCUUGAGAAAGUGCUCAAUGCGUAGCUUCGAAUUGCCAUGCACGAUAAAACAAUUGUACAAAUUUUAUCGAAACAUUUAUACGAUAACGUUAUUGGUUUGGUUUUUUGUGGAUCACCGAUUUCAUUUAGAUAUUACGUGUAACUACCGUGAUGUUACACGUGUAUUUGUCAUCGUAAGAUGAAACAAAUCACUGCUUCGUUUCAAGCUUGUAAGUACGUACUUACAAACGCGUGGUCAAGUCGCAGAAAUAAUGAGACUGUUUAAAUUAACCCUUUCAACUAAUAAGUUUCAAAAAAGAAAUCAGUUUCAUUAGUUUUGGGACAGACCGCGUAUUAGUAGACGUAACGUCGCAAAUUACGUGGACCAUCCAUCGACAAUUUCUAUAUAACGAUCAUAGUAUCGUGAAAGAAGAUCACGUAGGUCCGAUUAAAUUGAAUCGAACAACGUCCCAGUGUUUCGAACGUGCAAUACUGUUAUUUCAUUUCAUGGAAAUUCCUUUUUAUAUAUGAAAUUACAUUCAGAAAGAAGAAAAAUCUCCGUCGCAAAUCCAGAUUGAAAAAGAUUAAAGCAGUGAUUAUCUGAUAAUAACAAAAAGACGAAAAAGACGAAAUGAAAAGGAAGAUUUGUAUAACGCGUGCAUUAUUGCGAACAGUUUUUUAGUCACUAAGGAUUUAGCGUUCCUCGCAUGUCGUAAUAAUCUGUAACAAAAGCGUUACAUUUUUUAAUCGCCGUCCAUAAAAGAAAAUCGUGAGAGAGAAGAAAGGAACACAGCUCACCUGUGCUUUGCAACAGACGACAAUUAGAUAUGACCAUAAAAUAACGCGUAUUAAAAUCUUCAACGUCUAAUAAAACAAGCAUCGCGUUACGUUGAAGGAAAUAUCACGAGACUCGUAAUGUUAGCGAGCAAACAUGUAGAAAAUUAAAUAAAGGAAGGAAAAGGAAGACGGAAGAGCAAGAGAUUAUCUGUAAAAUAGUCAAUACAUUGAAUCAUUGUGAUAAGGAGUAAGAGAAGAUGCAAUGUAGCGAAUGCUGUGAUUGUGCGAGUUAUCGAAGUCAGCUUUAAUAUACAGGGUGUUGCAUAAUUACUGCUACAAAUUGAAUCGUCGCUUUUCUCUUUGUACUGCUAGUUAUACGACAUCUUACAUGAAUUUGAAGCUUGUUACAAACCGUGGUUGUCCAUCAAUCAAAUAUGAAGAAGACAAACUUGAAAGCUACUGACUUCGUCCUCGUUUCCUUCCCAGUGUUUGCUAGUUACUACACUCAGAUAUCGCACAUCAGUAUAAUUAAUUAUCAUAAUUCCUUAGGGAAAGGAAUAAAAAAUCAUUUGAUGACGCACAGGAAACAAUGAACUACGCGUAAAAUAAGAGAGUAAUAGAGUUUGUAAGCUGGAUUACGAUCGUUUCCACCGUUCUUGUUCUAUACGUACAUACAUAGAUAGUUGCGAACGAAGAAACAAAAAAAUAUAUAUUUUGAAAAAAAAAAAACACUU